UGUAAAUUUAUUCGAUAGCGAGACGUGACGUACGCGUUUGCGAUAAGUCUCAAUUUGUAUGGGAUUUCGAGUUUCCAAAACGUCCCGCUUAGCGCGCUGUUUCUAAAUCAUAUACAAAAUGAGACUAACGGCAAAAUAAUUUUACACUAGGGGUUCUGUUCUUACUUAAUCUCUGACUUCGUCUUUAUUGAAUCGUUAUCAGCAAGGACCAACGUUUUUCGUCAGUUGUCGUUUGUCGCCAACGCGUUGUCGAACCAAGAAUCUUAGUUGUAGUGUGUGUUAUUUUAUUUAUCAACUUUGCCAUCUGUUCUUAUUUAAUCUCUGACUUCGUCUUACGUUGAUUCGUUAUCAGCAAGGACCAACGUUUUUCGUCAGUUGUCGUUUGUCGCCAACACAUUGUCGGACCAAGAAUCUUAGUUGUAGUGUGUGUUAUUUUAUUUAUCAACUUUGCCAUCUGUUCUUACUUAAUCUCUGACUUCGUCUUAUGUUGAUUCGUUAUCAGCAAGGACCAACGUUUUUCGUCAGUUGUCGUUUGUCGCCAACGCGUUGUCGAACCAAGAAUCUUAAUUGUAGUGUGUGUUAUUUUAUUUAUCCACUUUGCCAUCUGUUCUUACUUAAUCUCUGACUUCGUCUUAUGUUGAUUCGUUAUCAGCAAGGACCAACGUUUUUCGUCAGUUGUCGUUUGUCGCCAACACGUUGUCGGAACCAUGAAUCUUAGUUGUAGUGUGUGUUAUUUUAUUUAUCAACUUUGCCAUCUGUUCUUACUUAAUCUCUGACUUCGUCUUAUGUUGAUUCGUUAUCAGCAAGGACCAACGUUUUUCGUCAGUUGUCGUUUGUCGCCAACACGUUGUCGGAACCAUGAAUCUUAGUUGUAGUGUGUGUUAUUUGUUCUUAUUGUUUUCUUUAGUGAGGUCACAAGAGGCGCCCUCUGGCGUGAUUUGCACAACAUGCUCGUGCGCAGACAGCCGCGUCGACUGCGCCAAUAAGGACAUCCGGACGUCUUUCUCCGUAGAUGAAUGGAAAGCUCUAGAGACCUUCCGACCAACAGAGAUCGACCUCAGUAGAAACCGCAUAGCCACUCUAUCGGAGCUGCCAUCGCUCCCAGUGCGGAAUCUAACGGUUUCAUACAGUGAGAUCGAGGUGAUAGAGUCCGCCUGUUUCAAGCAUUUGAGAGAUACACUAGUUACUUUGGAUUUGAGUCAUAAUAGGAUAACUACGUCUUCGUUAGAUAGGAGGAUUUUUAUGACCAUAGUGGAAGGAGAUAAACUCCUCCCAUUCAGCAAACUGACGUUCCUCAGCCUGGCGAACAAUGAUAUCCACUCUCUACCCAAAGAUAUGUUCUUCUCCACGCCAGAGAUAACACACCUGGACCUCAGCGGGAACCCACUGGCCUACAUCGACUCUAUUACGUUGGGCACGAUCAGUGAUUUAACUAUGUUGAGGAACCUGUCCCUCAGCUCCUGCGACCUUGAGACGCUUCCCGAGGGCAUAUUCCGACGGCUGCGGCGGCUGCAAGGCUUAGACCUCAGUUCGAACAGGUUCACCACCGUGCCUGCCAUCAUUAAUGAGGCUUCGAACCUUCAGGUCUUAAUCUUGGACAAGAAUCCUUUAGAGACUAUUAAUGACAACACUCCCUUCAAAACAUUAAUAAAACUACGAGAGCUCUACAUCCGGCGCUGCAGUAAGCUUAAAUCCAUCACCGCUGGUGCUCUCGGAGGGCUGGAGAGCCUCUCUAUUCUACACAUAUCUUAUAAUCCACGAUUAAGCACUCUGGAAUCCAAGUUUUUGGUGUGGGAAGAUGACAAUGAGGUGGAGAAACAUCCAUUAAUCAAAGAGCUAUACCUAAACAACAACAACUUAACCGAAAUCAGCGCAUACUACCUCGAUCGCUGGAACCUUCUGGAAACCGGUGACUUCACCAACAACCCCUACGACUGCGACUGCGACAGCCAGUGGAUGGUGGAUGUGCUCAUACCGCUUCUGCAAGAAUUGCCUGGCCGUGGAGAUCAGAUGGCAUAUAUGACAUGUAAAACGCCAGAGCCGUUCCGUGGCCUAACCUACAACCAGGUCAUAAACUCGACGAGGCCGCUCGUCUGUAUGGAGAACCUCGAGCAGCCAGUGACUGAUUCCGCCAUUAUGCUGGGAAUUAUGAUAGGUGUAUUUGUCACGUUCCCGAUGGUAAUCUUAGUGGUGUUGCUGUGGAGGCGUGGAAUCUUCACUAAAUGCAGGAAGAAAGUCAUAGAGACGGACGAAGAAAAAGAUAUGUUCUAGUUUAAGAAUAAAUUGUAUUUUAAAUA